CCGUUUCUGUCGUUGUGACGUCAUCGGCAAGGUGCGCGUUACGGGGGCCGGUUGCUAUGGUGAUGCGCAUCUUCACCUUUCGGUCUGCGAGCAAGAAUACAGGCGCGUUAUUUCCCCCCCCUGUGGAGCCCCAUUGAUUGAUACAUACGCAUAGCAGCAGACGAGAGCGCCUCUGCCGGAAUCGUCUGCCUGAACGAGAGCAAGAUAAAAUUCAGAACACCUAUAUCAGAACCAUACACACCAACUCAUCAAAAUGUCUAUGGCAGAAAACAGCAUUGUCCAUGGCGCUGACCUGGCCUCACAGAAAGGCAUGACUCCCAUGGGAGCCGUGCGCCGUGCAGCCGACGUGGGGGCUAAUGAGUACGAUCAAGCCAGCGCCGGUGUCAUUUCAGGCCAGUACGGAAGCAACGCAGGGGCCUCACAACAGGGCAUGACGUCAUUUGGCGCCUCCCGCCAUGGCACAGAUUUAGGUGUCUCCGAGUUUGAGGGCAAGGACGUCAUAUCCGGUCAGAUGGGAACCAAUAAGCUCGCCUCUCAGCAUGGCAUGACGUCAUUCGGUGCCUCGCGCCAUGGAACGGACCUUGGGGUCUCUGAAUUCCAAGGGAAGGACGUCAUUUCCGGACAGAUGGGGACAAACAAGCUGGAAUCCCAGAAAGGCAUGACGGCGUUUGGUGCUACUCGACACGGUACCGAUCUUGGUGUCUCAGAGUAUGAAGGCAAAGAUGUCAUAGGACUUCAAUACGGUACAAAUAAACUGGCUUCCCAAAAGGGCAUGUCCGCAUUCGGUGCCGCCCGACACGUGUCCGAUGUCGGUGCUGCCGACUACCAAGGGAAAGACGUCAUCGGGCUUCAGAUGGGCUCAAAUAAGAACAUGUCACAGAAAGGGAUGACUCCCUUCGGCGCCGUGCGACAUGUCUCCGAUUUGGGUAGCUCUGAGCAAACCAGAGAAAGCCAGGGCGUGAUUGGGCUGCAGUACGGCACCAACAAGACAGCAUCACAGAAAGGCAUGACGGCAUUUGGUGCUCCAAGAAGUGUCAUGUCAUCAGGCGACAUGGAGGAGAGUCGUCAGACCCAGGGUAUCAUUGGACUGCAAGCAGGCUCAAACAAGCACGCCUCACAGUCAGGCAUGACCCCGUUUGGCGCCGUGCGCCGCGUCGCCGACCAAACAGGCACCGACAGCAUGAACCGCACCUCACAGGGAGUGAUCAGCGGACAGAUGGGGACAAACAAAUUGGCAUCACAGGCUGGCAUGUCGCCUUUUGGUGGAGUACGCCGCGUGGCAGACAACACCGGAGCUGCAGGCCCAACAUCGCAGGGGUUGUCCACCAUCGGAGGACAAAUGGGCACGAACAAGCUAGCUUCUCAGCACGGGUUAUCUCCAUUCGGCGCCACAAGGGGCAUCAUGCCAACACAGCCACAAGGUGCCACCGCUCCAGUCAUCGGUGGACAGAUGGGCACCAACAAGCUGGCUUCGCAGUCAGGGAUGUCACCGUUCGGUGCAGUGAGGAGAAUCGGUGAUGUCCAACCAGGAGGUGUCCAAAGUCCCUCCCAGCCGGCACGUGCGAGCCAAGGCAUUACUCAUCUCCAGAUGGGCACCAAUCUUGGCGCGUCACAGAAGGGUAUGUCACCUAUGGGCGGUCCUAGGCCCAUCUGUCAAUACGCGCCCCCGACACAACGCCCCGUUAAUGCAGAAAUGUAAUCAGAAAUACCGGUAGAGCUGUGGUGAUCGACAGUGAUGAUACAAUCCAAAAAAAAAAAAAAAAGAAAAGAAAAAAAAUUAUAUUGUAGAACUGUAAGUAAGAGAAACGCGGUGCUGAAGACGUUAUGUGCUAUGUGUUUUAUGAAGAGAACUCAGUUGUGGAAAUAUAUUGUCUUGAAAAUAAAUUGAAGAAUACAUGAUCAUACAAAAAAGCGCAGUUGACCACGAAAGUACUUAGAGCAACACAGCUAUGAAUUCUUAAUUUUCAGGUGUGUAAAAAUGUAUCCCUUUGUUCAUAUAUCAAAAGCGAUGCGUAGUUUGGAUAAAACUUGUUCAAUACUAGACCUAUUGUCUCUAAGUAGUGACUUUACCCAAGACGGUGACUGUUUCUGUGCAUAUGAUUGUGAAAUAUUUUUAUUCCGUUUUAAAGCCUUGAUUUAAACAAAGAUUAUCACUGAAAGUUGAAACUUGUGCCAACGUGAGUGAAAGGUAUGAAUGAUUGGUCCGUCCAACUAUGUAUAUAUUGUUUUUUAGUAAGUUUGGUUCGACGUUUUUAGUGCGCAUAUUUACCUUUUAAUACAAUUUCUUCUUUGCAUAGAUAUGACAAAUACAAAUGUAACAUAUACAGCGCAUGUUUAUUAUGCUCUUACAGAUAUUAAAUGAUACUAAAACAUGCAUAUAUCAUUUUAUCGUCUAAGACCGACAUAUGUGCAAUAAAUAGCGUAGAUAUUGCAUUUAACAAUUACAGUAACGUUGUGUAAUUAAUAAAGGUGAAGGCUUAAUGGGAAGUUACAAAGACAUUUUACUUCUUGCGCAGUAGUUUUACCGUUGCCGUCUAUUAUGUACAGUAUGGAUGUUUUAGUGUAACAAGUGACACUAUCUAAGUACAUUCUUUACGUAUCUGUGUAUGCAUGCUUCUAAUGUGUAUCGAUGCUUUUCGUUCAUUUUUCACAUGAUAAGAGAACUAUUUUUAAUUAUGAAUUAAAUUUGCUCGAUAUACGUAACUUUUUUAUCGUUUAAUUUUGAAAGGAUGUCUUUAUUUUUUAAGGCUCCUAUUUAGGUGUGAAUCCAACCGACUAAAGGAAAUAAAAUUAGCAAAAUAA